UUUCACCAAGAUGAUAAGGGCUACAUUCAUAAAGAUAAAAAGGGCAUGUGUUAUUGCUUUAGUUCCUAAAAUCGUCCGGGGCGAUGGCCGGUACACAACUCGAAAAUUUGGAAAAGCCUCAAUUAAUGUCCUUAGGAAAGCUGGUAAAAGUACUGACUCUGGCUCAAAAGACGGGGAAAGUGAAUGUGAUAAAUGCCGACGUUUUAUUGAAUUCGUUUUUGGACCUAGCAAACCCAAAACAAGUACACAUAUUUUUAAAGGAGAAAAUAAAUCCACUAUAGCUAAUAUCCAAGAAAUUCAUAAAGAAAACAUUGUUACAACCCAAACAAAAUCCGACAUUGACAAACAAAAUAGUCUUUUAAGAGAAUUUUUCGGCGCCGACGAAGAUGUACUCCGAAAAGAUAAUUUCAACAAAAACGUAAAUCUCCAAGCCACAGCAAUAGAGAAACAGCAAUUAUCACAAAACAGGGACAAUUUAAAUGAUGAUACAUUAAAUACCCCACAAAGUAUAAACUUGUCACAGGCAGAUAGAGAUUACGACCAUUCUGAAUCUAAAUGGAGUUCCGAGACCGGAAAAAACUUCGAAAAAGAUUCGACUACAGAGGAUUAUGGACGCAAAAGAUCAAAUCCUCGUGAGACGGAAAUCCCUGAGUAUAUUCCAGCUAUGAACUAUAAAUUACAAGCAACAACUACAAAAGAAAAUGAUGAUAAAUUAUCGCAAAAAAUCGAAAAUAUUGAAGAAACAACCCAUAGUGAAGCAUCGUCGUCUAAGGUAGAAGGGUUCAACAUUGCACAAAACGUUUUAACUGAUCGUUAUGUUAAUUUCUCAAAUACCACGAAUACGAAAUCUACAUCAGAUAUUAAUGAAUCUAUGGAUGAAAUAGCAAAAAAAUGUAUGGAUAGACCUGCUAACCAAAUCGACCACAAAUUGAUCAAGGAAAUAGAAAAAUUUGGAAUUGCCCACUCAGAUGAGCACAAGUCUAAACUAAAUGAAGAAGUUGUACAAAUGGGCAGUGUAAGAAACCCUGACAAACCGCUUCAUGAAGUUGAAAUAGAUUUUGAGAAAAGGAAAGAUAAAAAAGAACCUAUACACUGCGCUGAAGAAGAUAAAUUAGAACACUCCUUCGAAAUGGCUCCGCAGUUAGACCAAAAUGUGGUCAGCACAGAAGACCAAGCAGAUUCGACCUCUUAUAACAAAAUUCAAAUGAGCCAAGAAUCUGAAAUAUUUGAAGAAAACGUACAAGAAAACACUUCAAUGAUUUUUGAUUCAGCAAAUUUAAACGAAAAGAUUAAUCUUUUCGAUCCAAAGCUACAGUAUGACCUAAACCAACCAAUAAUAGAUCCGUACGACAAAAAGACUUUAGCUUUUGAUAAUGAUGAGGUUGAUGAAGCAGUUAUGGAAUCUAAAUUAUUAGAUGAUCAACGAAUAGGUAAACCAUCGGAAAAUGAAGAAGAUGAAGCUCUUGCGGAGGCAUAUGUAGCUAGAAGUAGUGAAGCGAUCCCAAAAGAACAGGAAUACAGAGAGCCUGUUAUGGUCGAAGAUAGAUCACAUAUAGAUUACGUCCAGUCGGUAUAUGAUUGUGAACCAAAAGAAAUAAAUUGGAGGCCCUACCCGUCGUUUGAAGCACGAGAGGAAGUUAUGGAUUUCUACACACAAGAGGACGUGGGAUUCGAUUCUUUCAAAUUGACUCACACUCAAACUAUCACUCACAAGCCUUCUGAAUCCGAACCAGCUGUUGAAAAAUCACAUGAACCCCAACCCGAGCACAUAUAUACAUCUACUUCAGUAUCCUCAGAACCAAGAGAACAGAUCUCACACAGUUUCGUGCAACCAGAAGAAAUGAUCAAUCCUCUAAUGGAAAAAACCAUUGAUGAACCUAAAGAAAUCGUAGAGCAACCACAGAACAUUGAAAAGAGCUUAGCAGAUACAUUUGAGACUCUACCCAGCCUAAAUCCUGACGGUAAUGUAUCGCUCUCAGAACUUUUAAGGAGGGUUAGAAUGCGUAAUAGAAUGGAGUACUGCAGAGAGUUCGCUGUUCACACUAUCAAUGCACACGUACCUGAAGCUCUCCCAGCAGAGGGCAAAUGUGGAAAAAAAACUCCGCCGUGCCCCCCUCCACCCCCUAAAUGUCCCCCUCCCAACCCUUGUCCGCCUCCGCCACCUGCAUGUCCACCACCACCACCCCCGUGCCCGAAACCCUGCAAACCAGCAAGUAAGAGACCUUGUCCUCCGCCGAAGAAGAAUCCUUGCAAAAGAUUCAAUGGAAGCUCCGUUAGAGAGGUUUUAACACUUCUUACACAAAACAACCCUCAAGUGAAAAUCCCUCAGAAAUAUUUAUUACCUAUAUUAGCAUACAACGCGAUCCGCACCCCAGCGCGUACGGAGAGCGAAGAAGAUAUACUACUACAUGAAAAUCUUGUAUUCAGGCUAAGCGUUUUAGGCAAGAUCUUAUUGUUCCACUGCACUGAAGCUAUUGACGCCAAUCUACCGAGGAACAGAUCUGAACUUAGUUUUGCAAGAAGUUUUGAACCAUGGACACCGAUUCCAUCCUGGCCCAUCACCAAAAAGGAGGAGAAGAAACGCUUCGUGUGUCCGAAAGAAGGUUGCAAAAUGCUCCCACCUCCGAAAUUGAACGCCCCUUGCAAGGAAAACCCGUGUUUGAACUUUCCAAAACGAAGCAAUUUCUCAUUGACGGAUUUGUUUUCAUUUUCUUUAGUAGAAAGCCUCGUGUGCCAUACAGUGUAGCUCACACUGAACAGAGUGAUAAACAGCGAAAAUAUAUAUUUACAUAAUCA